AUGUCUCGCCUUCUUCCAAUCAGACCAAUCCUCAUUAUUGCUCUGCUUCUAGCUAUAGCUGUUGUUGCCCACAGUGGUGGAGUUGAUCACCAUGGAGUUGCAGGCGGUGAUGGCGGAAGCGGAAGCAAAACCCCGGUUGAUGGUGGUUCGCCAUUUCCGAUAGCUAAUGGUGGUUCGCCCUUUUCGAGAAGUAACAGGAACAACAGCACUGGUGGUCUUAAUAAGAGCGAUGCAUCUUCCUACUCCGUAUCGCCUUCCUCUGUUAAGCUCAUUUGCCUCUUGGCCUAUGCGUCAUUUUCUUAA